UUUUGGCUUAUAUUCCAGAUUCAAGAGUGUUUGGCCUCAUUGUAGGCAUACAUGACAAAAUAGGUUCAAGAAUUUUUUGGUCCAUUAACUGUAGGCCUAACAUGACCAUGAAUAAUGACACUUUUGAGGAAAAUGUGAGUGUUGGUGAAGCGAAUGCUGAUUCACGGAAGAGACCUCUUGAGUCAGAAGUCAGCAGUGAUGACAUGGACAAUGCUUCUUCAAAGCGAUCAAAUUUUGGUGCAGUUGUGCCAUCUUCAACUGAAGGUCUUGAUCUCUUAGGAGAUGGAAUCUAUCACAUGAAGAUACUGAUCCCAAGCUUGGUGGCUGGUUCCAUUAUUGGCAAGGGUGGUGAAACAAUAGGACAACUUCAGAAAGACACCAACACAAAAAUAAAAAUGUCCAAGGCAAAUGACUUCUACCCAGGUUACAUUUAUCCCACCUCACCUCAUGCUAAAAGAGCUCAAGAGAGUUCAGCUCAAUGUGGAGUCCUUAAAGUGAUCCCUUGUGAAAGCUUGGAGCAAUCUCCCAAUGGAAGAGGUACAUCAGAGAGAGUCUGCAUUAUCUCUGGUAGCCCAGACAGCAUUAUGGAAGCCCUCAUCUUCAUAAUUGGGAAGAUAAAAGAAAAGCCAGAUCCCAAUGCAAAGCCAGCUAUUGACUUUGACAACAAAUUGGCUGUGGAUCGUGAUAAACAGAUGAAGAUCCUUGUCCCAAAUAGCACUGCUGGCAUGAUAAUUGGAAAAGGAGGAAGCUACAUCAAGCAAAUUAAAGAGGAAACUGGUGCAUAUGUACAAAUCUCUCAGAAGGCAAAGGACACAACUCUGCUUGAGCGAUGCAUCACUGUGAUUGGUGAAGGUGAGACUAGUGAGAAAGCCUGCGCAAUGAUAUUGACCAAAAUUGUUGAAGAUCCCCAAAGUGGGUCAUGUCUGAAUGUCAGCUAUGCUGAUGUCUCUGGCCCAGUUGCUAAUUUCAAUCCCACUGGUUCUCCGUUUGCAGUUUCAACUGCUACCUCUUCCAGUCCUGGAAAUGGGUCAUAUGGUUCAAAUAUUGUGAAUGCCUUGGCAGGAGGCUUAAAUUUCUCACUAAACUUGGGACCUGUUGGAACUGCACCCCUCAACAACAGCACCAUGAUGAGCCAGAUCAUGGACCAUGUUCGGAGCACUCUUCGAGGUAGUGGCUACACUGAGCAGGCAACACAUGACAUAGUGUCCUCUUUGAAUACGUUGGCCAAUUAUGGUAUCUUGGGAGUGGGGAUGGGCAUGGGCAUUGCUCCUAUUUCUACCAGUACUUCCAGUUCUACGAUUCAGCCACCAGCGAGUGAGUCUGCAAUCGCACCCCAUUCAGCAGUUGCAAACCCUGUAAGUGGUGCAGUUGCUCCCAUUUCAAUGGUGAGCACUGAUGCUGCUUCAGAUGUACCACCCUUGACCACUUCAUAUGCCAUGCGCUAUACAACAGCGUUUGAUCCCUUUAGCACUCAAAGUAGUCCAGCUUCUGCCAUAACUGGAUCACCCAUUCUCCACACUAACAGUAAUUCCUAUGGUUUGGGGACAACAGGGACACCUGUGACCAAUUCUCCCAUUAUGAAUCCAAAUCAGGUGUCAAAAUCAGUUGAGGUGUCUGAGAACAUUGUUGGUGCUAUUCUUGGGCCAGGGGGAACAGCUCUAGUUGAGAUUCAACGCUAUAGUGGUGCAACUAUCCAGAUCACAAAGAAAGGGAUCUUUGCACCAGGUACAAGAAAUCGAGUAGUAACAAUCACAGGGACUCCAGAGGCCAUCAAUACAGCUCAUUGUCUCAUACAACAGAGAAUCACAAAGGAAGAGGAGAAGCGAAAAAUCCAGAACUACUUACGAGUCUAGGUCACCAUAAAAUGACAGAUUCAUAGCAUCCACCUAUCUCACAGAUAAAAUGGAUGAAUUUUGUGUCAUAAAAGAGGUAGUUGUAUUGGCCUCAUGCUCAGCUACCCCACCUCUGAUUCAGUGGCAUUAAUUUCCAGUUUCUAAAGUGCACUUGCUGCACAAGUCAUGGGUCUGCCUUGUGUUCCAAUUUUAGAUAUUGUUGCAUGUGUCUUUGAAAGAAAUGCACAGUCAUGGUGUCCAUGAAUUGUGUGUCAAGUUCAGUCCAAUUGUACUGUUACCUUAUUCAUCCUGUAAGGAUACACUGUCUUGGAUUUCAUUUUUAAAUCACUUCCCCUCUCCCCCAUUUUAGUAGGCCUCGAUUUAGAGAGCUUGAUUUAUAAUAUCAAAUGGCUUGAAGGAUUGCUGGACUUCACUUGAUGUUUUUCUCCUUAUCUCUCAAUUUUGUGAGAGUUAUUUUUCUUUUCCCUUGUAGGUCUAUUCAUACCACAAAGAAUCAUAUGCUCUGGUAGGAAUUCUGUACAUAUUGUCCCCUCUGAUUCAGAGGCAGUGGUCAUACUUAAGAGCUUCUGUUUGAAGAGGCUGGGCUAUUUUUUCCUCACUGCUAUAAUCCUAUAGCUCAUUGAAUCUUCGCUGAGGUAUUUCUUGAGCAUGGAAGUCCUUGAUAUUGGCUAGUCCUUGAGCUGCUCUGAUGUAUGGUUGAAGGCUUCCUGCAUUGCAGGAAACUGUCAUGGAGCCAAAUGAAAGGCACCUAGUCAUGUGUAACCCUCUUUUAGCCUUAUUUGUUAUGAAACCUGCCUUUGAAUCUCUGUCUUGAAGAUUUUGCUUUUUUUUUAUUGCUGUGUUGUGCUUGUCUCACUUGGCUGUCUGAAGUGUCCACAAAAACAUCACAUGUGCAUGGUAUCAGUUCUUUGUAAGAUCAGUCACAUCUAUUCUCCUCCCUCUUCAUCUCACACCUUUCGUAUAGUUCAUCAUGAUGUAGUGGAUGACUUCCACAUGCAAGCCACAUUUAUUGUUACCAUCAUCGCUGGCUAUAGUUCAUUCAUCCACUUCUGGUCUGUGAUCAUAAAACAGAGUGCAUAAUGCCAAAUUUGCAGCAGAGAUUUUUUUCUCCCACUCCGUCCUGGGAUGAGAUUUUUAAGUAUUAUUUGUUAGAAUCAGUCUUAUUAGCCUAGAGUAACAAAUGAUCUGAUCAAAGCAUGGAAACUUCACUUGAAAAGAGCUUUAUUGCAAACUGAUGCAAUGUCAGAGUGAGUAUUCUCACCCAUAGUCAUAUUCCUGAUGAAGGAAGAGGAAUGUUCAUAUUUGACAGUUUGAUAUUGAAAUAGGUGCAUGAGGUUGCUAUAUUCUGUACAUAUUGUACUGAAGUAUGUUUUUGGUAAAUGAGAUGCUUGAUAUAGAAAGGAUUGUGAAUUCACUUACUUUGCCCCAUGGAAUGUGAUGAAAAACAUUCACAAUUGAAUAAACUAUAUGGUGGCAUCAACCCUUCCAUUUUUUUUGCUACAGCUGUUAUCAUAGGUGCUGAGGGAAGGUAGCCCG